AUGCCCACAAUUCUUCCUGCGGUGACUGAAGCUGGGAUCGACCAGCAACAUGUCAACCACGAUAAUCGUCUCAGCAUCAAUCUGUCUUCGGGCAGUGAGGCAAUUAUUAAGACGAACGGUCUACGGAGAAAAGGCAAGAAAAAGACCCACACCAAAUCCCGACUAGGUUGCAUCAACUGCAAGCAGCGAAGGGUCAAGUGUGAUGAAGUCAGCCCUACGUGCGGGAAUUGCGCAAAAUUCCUGAUACGGUGCAGCUUCUGUCCUCACUGGGUUGCUGCCGUACCAAAUCAGAGGGAUGAGCAGCCGUCGCGCCAGAACGGCAAAAAAAGAGGUCGGCCCCGAAAGAAUUGGAACAAUCUUACUUUGUCGGCCGAAGCGCUUCCAAGGCAAGUCGUUCUCUCAGCCACGGGCUUAGGACUGGGCGGGGUCGACAAGGCACCAAAUGGCCAAAACAACACGGAUGACUUUGAAGUACUACAUCACUACAUGAUCAACACUUCCAAAACCCUAGGCGACGUUGUAUGGGAGCAAAAAGUGCCCAUUCUAGCGUUCCGCUACACCGCCGUACGCCAUUUAUUGCUCGCGCUUUCUGCCUUACACCUAGCGAGGCUUCGGGCACAUGAGCGAGAUCGGUUCCAAGACCUGGCAGCGCAUCAUCUAGACACCGGGCUACAACAAGUAUUAUCGCUCAUGGCCGAGUUGAACCAGUCGAAUUGCGAUGCCUUAUUCAUUUCCUCCAUACUGCUCUGUUUCAUAUGCGUCGCCAAGGAGCCAGGCCCAGGUCACCUGCUUCUCGUGCCGGAUAAGGACGGGCUGUCUUGGUGGUGCUUGAUCCAAGGUGUACGUAUCGUCACCAAUACAAUGGGACUAGCCAACAUCUUCGCCGGCGUUCUGGGCCCCCGGAUAUCCCAGAAGCCUCCACACAUCCACCCCAUGAUAGAGAGGAGACAGGACCUACCACACUGGGAGCGAGCACUGGGAAACAUAUCAGAUCUCAUUUCUCUCACCGCGAAUCCGCAGAUGGACAUGUACCUGGAUGUUGUUGAGGCACUAUCGAUAUGCUUCAUGAACAUCUACGGGCGAACAGACAUGCCAAAGGAUGAUGAGAUCAGCGACGAGCCCUUGAUCCACGAGUGGAUGGACAACCUCACUGAGGAUUUCAUUGGCUGCCUGAAGGACGGGUGCCCCCUUGCUCUCCUCAUCCUGGCACACUAUGCUGUGCUGGUGAAAAAGCUCGAAUUCCUAUGGUAUAUGAGCGGCUGGGCUGGACGUAUUCUAUGCGGCAUCAGGGGGUUGUUAGAGAAGCGAUACCACGACUGGCUUCAGUGGCCUCAAGAGGAGAUUGCGAGAUUGGGAGAGAUGAGAAGGUCGGCUGGUUGCGACUUGAAAGGAGUCUCGCUGCAAAGAUAG